CAAUUGGACUGGAGUUUGAGCUCAGAGUUUUUUGGAAGGAUGCCGAACGCAGCUAAUUACUAAAACCGCCAAAGUAGUUCAUUAAUAAAUGGUUUCAUUAAACGAGCUUCCUGAAACGUCGUAAGCAUUUAAAUGCGAUGACUCACGCAUCAAGACAAGCGUCUUUCAUUCAGUACGAUUCAGACACAACGUAGACUUGGUUGAGAGUAUCAGCACACACACACACAUACACACAGUAGAGUUGUAUGAUCUCUUUGAUGCAAUUCCCGUUGAUACGCAACAGGUUUAUGGAGAAAUAUCUUGUCAGAGGUGACGAGAUCGUCCAACCGACGCGUGUGUAAACGUAUAAUCGCGUAUAAACUGAAAAUGGAUUCGCAAGAAACAGCAAGCAACGCGGCCGAAUCUCCCUCGGACCGCGAACUAAGUGCGGUGAAAUCAAAUCCGCCAUUGCCAUCUGUCUAUCGGGCGAGACCGCAAGGUCCACCUGGAUUGCCAAGGCACCCUGUAAAUAAUGGUCCCGUAGCGCAACCGCGACCGAGUGGACAGCAACACCAGCAAAUUCGUUUCGAUACCCGGCAAGCGAGUCCUGUUCAAUUCGGCCAGGUCAGACCGUACGGGCCGCCGAGACCGCCGGCCGGUUCGUUCCCUCAGAAAUCGCCGCAGCAGCAAGGCCAACAUCCGCCCAUCGUUCUGAAUCCACGAUUUCCAUCGCCGUCCGUGCAACGUUCGCAACUGGGACCAAGACCGCCUCAUCCUGGGCCUUAUCCAGCGCCAAAGUUUCAAGGCAACGUGCAACGACCUCAACACCCAAGGCCGGAAUAUCCGAACGGACCUUAUCAACCGCGGCCGGACCACCCGAACGUCCCUCAACAGGGACGAAAUCCGGACGUUCUCGUGCAGAAACGUUUGCAGCGAGAUGAGUCGCUGUUGAGUAUACCUCAGCAGAGCUUGCCGAUCAAGAGGGAAGACAAGCCACUGUCAGCACCGCGGAUAGUAGUCGAGAAAAUGGCGGACGUCGACAGCUCGAGGAAGCCGCGACAGUUGGAGAGUCCAGCCUCGAAGGAGAGAACGGAGCAGCGAGAGAACGCGGAGAACGACGACGACGACGACGACGUAGUGAUGGACGGGAAGUCGCCGCGCGCCAAUGGGAACGUAGGCAAGGGGGACUUGAUAGAAGAGUCCAAGCUGUCGGAGAGCGACGUCCAGUCGGCGAGAAGGCCGGAGAAUGCGGCGACACAUGGGAAAAUUGGCACGAUCGCGGAGAAGAUCGGGCAGAAAAUUAGCAGCGAGGAGAAGCCUGUCAAAGAUUCCAACGUGAAGGAGCGUGAUAACAGAUUGUCCGCGAAGUCGAACGAAGAAGAGCGCGACAAGUUGUUGGACAAGCGGGAGGUGGAUAAGAUCGGCGAUCAGCUGGACGAGCCAGAAAGAAAGUUGGUCGAGGACCAAGCUCAGAAGGAGAACGCGAAUAAAGAAAAGGUGACGAAACCGACAACGCACACUGAAACGAAUCCCUCGUCUGUUGUGGAAGAUAUAGUCGCGAAAUUGAACAACAGUAACGCCGAACAAUCGACCAAAAAAUCAGAAGAAACGAAGUCGGGACGAAGUGAGGAAGAGCCUGGUGUGGCUUUGAUCGCGAAAUCGAACGAAGGCGAUCGAAAGGUGCAAGCGCCAGCUAAAUCCCCAGACAGAUCUCCUAGAACGGACCUGAAAUCAUCCACGUUACCGGAUAAAUCUCGCGCGGAAGCGGAAUUCGGGCAGGAAGGAGUGUCCAAAUCCCCGGAACAGCUUCGAGGAAGUAGCCCAGCAAAUACGGGGAAGGAACAGAGCGAUCGAGAACUCAAGACACCGUGCUCCGUGUCUCAAAGCAACUCGCCCGCAAGUACACCGGUGAAAGUGAAUCAGACUCGAGAGAAGCACGACUUGGUGUCUGCGCCAGAAACUAAGCUAGACGUAGAUUUGUUAAAGGAAACGAGAGAAGCCAAAAACGCUUUGCAAGAACCAAAGGAGUCGAAUACACCGAUGGAAAUGGAUCAGAAGAAGAGCGAGCAAGAGCCCGCUGAACCGUUGAAACUUGAAAAAUCAAGCGAGAAAGAAAGGUCGUCGGAUCUUAGUCAUUCUCCGAGGGAGAAAGAAUUGAACGAUCCGUCUUCGAAGCCUCCGAAUAAAUCGGCGAGCGUAACUGAGAAAUCAAGCGCGGAGAGCGUCUUGGAAAAUUUUAAAUCUGACGAUCCGCGAGAUACUUUAGAAACGUGCGUGGCAAGCGUUGCUUCGAGUCCGCCCGCUUCUCAGAGAGAAGAAGCGAGCGAGACACAGAAAUCUUCUCCGAACGCUGCCGAUGACAGUGUGAAGGGUUUCGACAACGGUGAACAACGAUCGCUGUCGAUCAAAUCUUCGUCGCCCCGAGAUCCUCGCUCGCCCGUUUCUCCGAAAUCGCCCGUCGAGGACGAGAAAUUAGAAGAGAACGAGAGAAAGGCUGACGAUAAAACGACAUCGGACUCGAAAAGCUUGCCGAAACCGGCGAAAUCGCCUAAAGUUCAACGCGCACCGACGCCCGCCAAACGGAAUGAAAAAUCAGAAAAGAAGUCUCCGAAGACACCAGAGGUUGAAAAUGGCAGCGUAACGAACGAAUCGGUUCAAUCCAACGCGGAACCAACCACGAACGGAGUCGGAGAUUCACCAACGAAAAAGUCGCCAUCGAAAUCGAAGGAAGCUGACAAAAGGUCGACAGCCGGGUCACCAAUAAAAUCGCCAAGUAAGUCCGUCAAAUCGUUACCACGAACUCCAGAAACUCCUUCGUCGACAGCCGGUCAAGAGAAGAAAAAACUGCCAAUGAACAAAAUUCAAGUUGGAGCGGCGCCCUCACCGAACCUGAAAACAGUGCGAUCGAAGAUCGGCUCGCUGGAGAACGCAAGUUACAAGCCAGGUGGCGGAAAGGUGAAAAUAGAGAACAGGAAGCUCGACUUUAGCAAGGCUCAGCCGAAGAUCGCCGCGAAAAAUGAGAAAUACACGCCCAGUGGUGGCGACAAAAAGAUUGCUCAAAUGAAACUUCAAUGGAAUGCGAAACCAAAAGUCGGAUCAUUGGAGAAUGCGACGUACAAGCCUGGCGGCGGUGACAAGAAGAUAGAGACAGUGAAGCUUGACUUCAAGGAUAAAGCGAAACCAAAAGUCGGCUCCAAGGAUAAUGCUAAACACAUUCCUGGCGGUGGCGGCGUUAAAUCAUCGGCAACGCCACCUAAGACGCCUCAGGAUCCGAGCAAUGACAUCCAAACGCAGAAGAUUGAUAUCAAAGCUGAAAGUAAAAUUGGUUCUUUGGAUAAUGUGAAGCAUAAGCCGGGCGGCGGUGACAAGAAAAUUUUCAACGAUAAAGACUACCUUCGACAAACCGGAACCAAUCCUGAAAGCCUUUGUGGCAGCGGAUCACAGAGCCCUGUGCCCCCUGGCACGGUCGCCGCCGGCAAGAACGGUCUACCCACAUCGGACGAGAACCUGAACCAGGAAUGCUAGAUCACGAGAACUCGAUCGCUAGGCCCGAUUUCCUUGUCACUUGCGUCUGAUUAAUCACCCGUAAUCUUUUUUCCUUCCCGAUCAUCGAGUCGAAGGGCCGGAUAUUGACCCGUGUUGUUGAACGGAGUCGAAACACUGCGAGUGUCACAGUUGCGAGGUCGUUCUGUUUCAUCGUGACGCUCUCCCAGCGUAUCGCUACAUGACUUGAAUGUGAUCGAUUAAUGGAAAAUACAGACAGAUCGGUUCGGCAUGACAUCACGAUCGUCUUGUGUCACACGACGACUGACAGAUUUUUUACGUGCCAUACAGGGGACGACGUUUUCUUUUCUUUCUUUUUUUUUUUUUUUUCGCGCAGAGUUUCGCCCUUUAAUCGAUGAGAACAAGCGCGAAAAGCAAAGGGGUGUUAUUCGCUGCCACGUGCCCCUUUAUGCGAUCGAUAACAUACACGACGCGUGUAUAUACAUGCGUGUAUUUAGCGUGUAACACUACGAUCGCCGGCAGAAUGAUUUCCUCCAUCCUGUUGACGCAUUUAUUCGAGAAACCACUUGGGACAGACCGCGACUCGUCUUUUCAGAUUGGAAAAAAAGAAAAAAAAAAGAAAAAGAAUGUGCGUUUUCAAGACUUUUCAUACGAUCGAACCGCAGACAACGUCAAUCGCUUGUAAUAAUUUUAAUACACGUCAUAGCUAUUAAUAAUUGUCCGACACAUCGAAACAGUGAUUCCUCGAAUUUUUACAAAUGUACAAAUGUCUCGGUUUCAUUCGUGAACCUGGAUAUUAGAUAAGAGGGCGCAAAAGACACUAUGCUUCCUUUAAUUGUGAUUUGCAACAAUAUCUACCACGAUAAGAGCGCAAAAUAUUACACUACGCAGUUCUUUGCUAUGUCUUAUAUAUCGUGAUGAAAGCCACUUUGAGACUCGAAUGUUUUCCAAGGACAAUUUUUUCCGAUCUGAAAAAGGAAAUGCGGCGACGUGAUACGCUUAAGUUUUAAUUAAAUAAAUGAAUUCUCAUUUUUUACAAUCACUUAGAACACGGUCUCACGCUAGCACGACAAUUGAAACAAUUGUACGAAUUGCAUAAUAUCAAACUCAUCGUUCAAAAUCGAUUAAAUCUUGUAACUCACGAGGCCGAGAGUAGGUGUAUUUUUGUUAAACCUACGAGAAUUAUGAUAACGUGAUUUUGUUCAGCUAUAGUGUAAAUAGCUAACUGUUGUACUAAACAAGGCUUUGGAUGUUCUAUGAUAACUAAGCGCAAAAACUAUAACGUUGAUUAAUAAAUAAUUCUGACCCGUAAUAUUAAUACUAGCUCGUAGAGCUACUUACGCGAUUAAUUAAAUUCGACUCUAGCUUUUUUAUGGUGCGUUCGUAAAUAUAAAUAUAACGUAAUCACUCGAUUAACGUUAGUAUCGAUGAUUAUAAAUAAAUGCGGCAUACAAUAUAUCUGAUUUCGAAGGGUCAAACUAAAGGAAAUCGUAGUGGAAAAUAAAAGCGACAGAGAAGUGAGAGUAAAGUAGAUAAUUGCAGGCAGUGACAAUUUACUGAAAUUGUUUAAUUAACUAUAGAAAGAAUAUGAUCGUCUAAAGUUUAAAUUCAGCUUCUUAUUACAAAUUGUGAAAAUUAAGAUUAACCUCAGUUUACGUAAAAAAGGACACAAAAUUGAUGAUAGUAAGAGAAAAGAACAACAUUGCGAAUAAAAAAAAAUGAUGAAACUUACAAGUAAACGAAAACAGUGUAAUUGCAUUGUGUCACAUAGCAAAUACAUUUAAACAGUGUAAUGUAAUCGUAUUUAAUAUUAAAGGUUUACCUAAACUCGCCUACUCCCGGAUUUAAAAAAAAAGAUAGAUAUUACAUGCUUUAUAUACAAUAUAUAUAUAUAGUAUAUACAUAAAAUAAUUGAAAUAUGACAAAAUAAAAGAAAUACGGUGAUGCACAGAUUAUUAUUUUUAUUCUUGCCUACUUGAAGGAGCACCGAUUCGUUUGAAAUAGUAUUAAUUGUGCGUUAUCAUACAAUCACAUUAAAAAAAAGGAUAUUAAUGAUUAAAACACUUAGUUAUCUUUGUGCAUCACUAUUUACUGAAAACAUGCACGGAGUGUAUAUUUAUUGAAUAAUUAUAAUAAUUUGGAAUGUAGUUAUAUCUUAUAUCUAACAAUAUAUACAUUCGACAUCAAAUUUUUUAAAUAUAUUCUUUACAUAUCUGACAAUACAUUAAAGUUAUAAAAAUGAAAUUCUUGUAUACACUCCGUACAUGACACAUAUUUAUACAACGUGUACGAAGGAUGUUACAAAUUAUUUCUUUUAAAACUAUCAAGAAUGGCAAGAAAAGAUCUUUCUCUGUUGUUUGGGAUUAUUUAAUUUUAUAUUUAACUUGUUUAAGAAAGGAUUUCUGAUUUUCUUUUUAACAUAGCUUUCGCAUUCUCGAAUAUAUUUUAUUGUCUUAGAAUACUAUUUUAUGUAUUAUUAUAAUUUAACUCUUGUAUGAGAAUUUUUAAAAAUUAUAUGUAAAUAUAACUCUGUAAAAGAUACAUGUAGAAUGAAUUUUCUUGUUAAUCUUAAUAAUUUUAGGAAAAUUAUUUCGUAAUAUUCUCUGUAACACUCUUCGUAUAAUAUAUUUGAAUAAUUUCUAGCAUUUUUCAUCAAACAUCGCUUCAAUUAAAUCAAUUUGUUUUAACUCUUGAAACAUCGAAAGGUAUCAGUUUUACCAUAACAUUCAUCGCUAAUAUGUUAAGAACGUUUAAACUUGUAUCAAUCUUUCCAUUAAUUUUUCUCUCUCUUCGUCGAUACACAUACACUGACAUUCAUUGCUUACAGCACGCUAUAAAUAUUGAAUAAUUUUACACAGCAUACGUAUUCCACUUUCUUCGUUUUUUACCCCUUGAUGUUCAAGAGUUAAAUCAAGUAUAGUCUUACCGAAUUAGCGGAGAUUCAACCGCUAAAAAGAAAAUUAUUUUACAACAUUCAUGUGUAACAUCACGUGUAACAUAAAUCGUAUGCUCGACUCUAAUGAACGACGAAAUUGUGCUUGAAUCCAUGAGUAAUUUUUUUCGCAAUAAUAAUAAAUUUAAACGAUGACUAUUAAAGACAGAGCUUAAAGAUAUGAAUUACUAAUGGAUGACGUUUACGACAUCGAGCGUCGAUUUAUUGGAAAAGUACCGGAUUUUGGACCGACCGGUUCAGAUAGAAGAAUCCCAGAGAAUUAAAACAUCAAACAAAAGAGAUACAGACGGCAGAACCUGCGUCUGCGACGCGCAACCAUAUUCAAUUCAUCGAGUGAGAAAAAACUAUUUCACAUGGUUGCACCGAAUACGUUUCAUAUUGUAUUUAAAUGAUAGAAUACGAUAAAUUCGUAAUCGUUACUGUAGAUACAUAAACUAUCUCUAUUUGUUGUAUACAUCAGAAUAAAUAUUUAGAUCCUAUAGCUGGUCUACAGUCAGUUGAGAAAUGAAAAACAAUAACGCAAUAACGUCAAUGAAAAAAGGCGAAACAACUGAAAUAUUGCGAAGUGUUUCAAGGAGAUUUCUGUCUCUUUCUCUCUCUCUCUCUCUCUCUCUUCCUCAUAGUCACAACACUUUUGAAAAACUCAUACAAUCUAUGCUAAAAAACAAGUAUAUAAGUAUUAUUUACAGUUUAUCGCUUCCAUAAUGAUUACUAUAUUUCAAUUUCAUUAAUUACCCGAUAACAUAAUAUUAAGUUGCCGCAUUGUUACAAAUAAUCACGUCGUACAAAUGUUAUUGUAUAACGAACAUUUGGCAUGUUGUUAGACGUAACAAGAGAGCCACUACAAUAAUAUUUUUGUUUCUAAAUUUA